AUGGACGCCCCCUUCCCCUUCGACACCCUCACCACCACCGCCACCCACCUCUCCACCCUCCUCCGCGCCCAAACCCUCACCUCGGUCGAGCUCGUCGACGUCUACCUCGCCCAGAUCGACCGCCACAACCGCAAGGGCCGCCAGCUCCGCGCCAUCAUCUCCGUCGCCCCGCGCUACCACCUCUUCGCCCUCGCCCGCCGCCUCGACGACGAGCGCCGCGCCGGCCACACCCGGGGCCCCCUCCACGGCAUCCCCGUCGUCGUCCAGGACAACAUGGCCACCGACGUCUUCCUGCAGCAGCUCGACACCACCGCGGGGUCCUACGCCUUCGUGGGCGCGCGCCCGCGCCGCGCCGCCACCGCCGUCGACCGCCUCGUCGCGGCGGGCCUCAUCGUGCUCGGCAAGUCGAACCUGUCGGAGCUGGGCGGCCUCAAGAGCCCGGACAUGGCGCCCGGCUGGAGCGCGGUGGGGGGGCAGACGAGCAGCCCGUUCGUCGCGCGCCGCCUCGAGAAGGGCGUGCUGAUCUGGGACCACACGGCGCCGGGCGGGUCGGGCGCCGGGUCGGCCGUCGCCGUCGCCGCCGGCUUCGCGCCGCUGGCCGUCGCGACGGACACGGUGGGCAGCGUGCUCGCGCCCGCCAACCGCGCGGGAUUGUACGCGCUCAAGACGUCGGUCGGCGAGGUGCCCGUCGACGGCGUGCUGGCGCUGAGCAGGAGCUUCGACGCCGUGGCCGCGGCGGCCAAGAGCGCGGCCGACGUGACGUUCUUGGUCGAUGCCGUCAUGCAGCCGUUGCCGCGCGAGCUCGAGGCCGGCAUGCCGUUGCGGUAUCGCAUGUUUCAGGUGAGGGGCAGGUGGAACGGGCUGAGGGUGGGGUUCGUGGAUCCCGCGAUCUGGAGGGUCGGCAAGGAUUUUUCGAGGCUGAAUGCGGAUGCGGAGAAGUAUAUGAUGAGCAUGUAUGAGAUGGCGAUAUCGAGGAUACGCGAUCACGGUGCCGUGGUGUCGUAUCCCGUGCAGGCUCCCUCGCCGCAGGUCUUCAGGAAUAACGGACCCAUGAGCAGCUUCGAGAUAGUCGCCUACAAGGAGUUCAAAUCCAUCCUCGCCGACUGGUUCGCCAACCUCGACGACUCGCGCGUCCGCUCCCUCGCCGGGCUCAUCGAAUUCAACGCCGCCCACCCGGACAUCGAGCUCCCCAAGCCCUUCUGCCCCGACCAGCACGACCUCCUCACCGUCCUCGGCGAGAGCUCGCCCGACGCCCUCGUCCGCGACCACCUCGCCGCCCUCCGCCGGCUCGGCGGGCCCGAGGGCAUCGACCUCGUGCUCGACCACUACGGCGUCGACGUGCUCGCCGCGCCGGGCGACUCGGCCCUGUGCGAGCUCGCCGCCGCCGCCGGCUACCCCAUCGCCGUCGUCCCGCUCGGCGCGCUCCGCUCCAACGGCCGCCCCUUCGGCGUCGCCGUCACGGCUCGCCGGCACGCCGAGCCCAAGCUGCUGCACUUCAUGACGGCGUGGGAGAACGUGUUCCACCCCCCGCCCCCGCCUCCCUCCUCCUCAUCGCCCUCGACAUCCUCUCACUCCUCAUCCUCGCACUCCUCGCACUCCUCCCACCACCACCACCCUUUCCACCAAAACCAAAACAACCACCACCACCACCACUCCGCCCGCCCCACCCCCCUCCCCCUCUCCUCCGUCCGGCCCUACCCCCCCACCGACGAGCCCCUCCCGCCCGACGCCCCCAUCGUCGCCGUCAUCCUCAAGGAGUGGGACGCCCGCGACUUCCGCCGCAGCAGCGACGCCCUCGCCGCCUGGCUCAACGCCCGCUGGCGCAAGAGCGGCUACAGCCUCGGCGCCGAGACGGUGUACGAGAUCUUGAAGACGAACGGGCGGAAGGCGUAUAGGGGGUUGGGGGAUGAGGCGGGGGGUGCGUUUAGGAGGAGGGGGAGGUUUAGGGGGGAUGGGGAUGGGGGGGAUGGGGAUCAUGGGGGUGGGGGUGGGGGUGCUGGGGGUGCUGGGGAGGGUGAUAGGGGCGAGAUGGGGGAUUGGGGGGUGAGAGGCGAGUGGGAUGAGAGGAGGGAGGAUAGCAGUGGUGGUGAGGAUGGGGGUGGGGGGGAGGUGAAGCCGUUGUUUGGGGGGCCGUCGUGA